AUGAUCACCCUUUCCGCCGACAUGGACGAGUCUUCGUCGUUGCUGGAUCUCUUGGAGUGUUCGGUGUGCCUGGAGCGCCUCGACACCACGGCCAAGGUGCUGCCGUGUCAGCACACCUUCUGCCGCCGCUGCCUGGAGAACAUCGUCAGCUCCAGGAACGAGCUGCGUUGCCCGGAGUGUCGCAUCCUGGUGGACUGCGGAGUGGACGAUCUCCCGGCGAACAUCCUGCUUGUUCGCCUCCUGGACGGUAUUAAGCAGCGGCCUCAGCGAGGGAGCGGUGGAGCGGGCAGCAGGCAGCCCGUGGCUGGGGGCUCGCUGCAGGGCUGUGCAGCCGGGAUAUCGGCGUCUCCCCCGGGCAGCGCCGUCAGAGAAUUGCCUAUCGCCACCCGGAGCUCUCCUGUCAAGAAUAUCCCAGCGCUGCCUUGUGGGAAAGCUCUUUACUCUUACGAGGGCAAGGAGCCAGGUGAUCUGCAGUUCGCCAAGGGUGACAUCAUCAUUCUGCGACGCAAGGUGGAUGACAACUGGUAUCACGGGGAGUUGAAUGGUUGCCACGGGUUCCUACCUGCGAGUUACAUCCAGUUGCUGCGUCCCCUGAGCCAGACUCCGCCCCAAGGCAAAGCAUUGUACGACUUUGAGGUGAAAAAUAAAGACCAGGAUAAAGACUGCCUGGCAUUCAGCAAGGAUGAAGUCCUGACGGUAAUCAGGAGGGUUGAUGAAAACUGGGCAGAAGGCAUGCUGGGAGACAAGAUUGGUAUCUUCCCCAUUCUCUAUGUGGAGUUAAAUGAAACGGCAAAGCAGUUGAUGGAAAUCGACAAGCCGACGACAAUAACCAGUGUUCCGGGUCCAAGCUCGGAGCCGUCGCCUUUGGGUCCCUGCUCUCUUGGACCCUCCCCGAGCACGUCGCCUUCUAAUGGCAACGGCUCGGCACAUCGGCGAGGAGAAGGGAAGAAAAACGCUAAGAAGAGGCAUUCGUUCUCAGCUCUGUCUGUCACCCAGCGAGCUGCACAGCUCAACAACAGACACAGUAUGGAGAUCUCCCACCCAGUCCUCAUCAGCUCCUCUGACCCAAGGGCCGCAGCACGCAUCCAGGAUGCAUCAUCCCCUGGUCCCUCCCCCUCUUCGACAGGGGUACUGGUACCCCCAAAGGUGGCAUCUAUAACCUCUGAGCUAUUGGCCCAUGCUAAGGUGCAGCUGCCUCUCAACAUCUACCUUGCGCUUUACGCCUACAAGCCCCAGAAGGCUGACGAGCUUGAACUAAGGAAGGGGGAGAUGUACCGGGUGACAGAGAAGUGUCAAGACGGAUGGUUCAAAGGCACCUCACUGAGAACGGCGGCGUCAGGCGUCUUCCCGGGAAACUACGUCACCCCCGUGUCCAGGGCUACAUUUGGAGUUGGUGCCACCAGGGGCUCAUGUUUGUCCAGUCCUGGGAAUGGCGGAGGAGGAAAAAUUUCAGACCCUUCUUCUCCAGGAUCCCCGGGGCCCUCUUCGUCCCGUCCGACCACGCCGCUGAUCAACUGUGUCAGUCCCGCUUCGUCGCCUCAAACAGCAGCCGCACAGCUAAAGAACUGCUUGCGUUCCAGUCAGCAUUCAGUCAACCAGACGCGCACCUCAAUGCAGCUGGUCCAUAGUUCUCCUGCUGGAAGCCCAGAGCGCCCCGCGGUGGCGAUAUCAUCCCUGCGCUCUCAGAGCUCCUCGCCUUCACGUUGCUCCGGCCAAUCCGGACGCCCUCUCUCAAUGACAUCUCCGGGGUCCAGUUUGGGGCCUUCUCCACUGUCGUCCCCCGCCUCACGGCCCCACCUGCCCUUGUCAUCUCCUCUUUCCUGCCUCACACCACCCAACGUAUCAGCAGUGCUACUCAACGGGGAGGCGACCAUCCCCUUGCAGCCGCCAUCGCCAGGUCCUUCUCAUGCACCUACGCAGUGCAUCCUUGCCCCCAAACCAGAGAAGAAGGAGAGAAAAGCAGGAGGUUUGUUGAAACUCCUAUCCGGAGCGGCGGCAAAGAAGAAACCUCGCUCACCUCCCACCUCACCACCCACCCACGACCCCUCAUCGCCCGGCCAAGGCGCCGAUCUCACCCAUCACCCUCACCACCACCAUGCCCGCUCCGGGUCAUGUCCCAUGGUCUCCCAAGGGCGGGCGGGCUCGUGUCCCGUCGAAAUUGAUAUGGCCGGGGCUGUGGGGCUUGAGCCACUGCACAGGAAGUCGGGUUCCUUGGAUACCAACUUUCCCAUGUCACCCCCGCCAACGCGAGCCAGCAGUGUUCUUAUGGUGCUUCGGCCUGAACCUAAGCCCCUAUCCAGGGAGAGGUACCGAGUGGUGGUGCCAUACCCACCUCAGAGCGAGGCGGAGAUCGAGCUUCGCGAGGGAGAUGUGGUGUUUGUCCACAAGAAGCGCGAUGACGGCUGGUACAAAGGCACCCUGCAGAGGACGGGACAGACCGGUUUGUUUCCCGGCAGCUUCGUGGAGAGCUUUUAA